GACCUGGACUUUGACCUUGGAACUUGUUGUUUGGCAGUUUACCCUGUCUGAAGUUUCCCUUUCAACCUCAUUUACUAUACACUUGAGAUACUGUUUACCGCAGUUUUCGUCCCAUCACCCGCCUGAGACAUUGAAUGAUCGCAAGGAUUCCCGACGACAUGGCGGACAAAAACCAAGACAACGGCUCCGACUCGGAGGUGCAGGAGAGGUCGACCAUGGCACAGCAAAAGGCCAUCAACAAGAAGAAACAAGACAAACGGGAGGCGGGCUUACAGUCUGCACGGUCCCGCUCAUCAUCGCGCCGUGCCCGCCGUCAACGUCUCGAAGAAGACAAGAAGAACGGAAAGUACAUGCACACUACAUCGUUAGAAGUCCUCGAGGAAGCCGAUGCAAAUGGCGACCUCCAAAAGAUGGGCAUGUUCGAGCGCAUCGGUCCCGACAGCACAUCAAUGGACGGCCCCGUCACACAUGCGCGCGCAAUGAGAGGAGAGAUCCCCAUGCGCGGCACAAACCCAAACGAACCCUACCGCAUGGAGCCGCAACAAAAGGGCAGCGAGCUGAAGGACCAGGACGGUCUAAAGUUGACGUUGGAGGCGAAUUUGGAAAUCGAGAUUGAACUCAAAGCGAGCAUUCGCGGUGACCUGACGCUAAGCUUGUAGUAAGUUCACCCCCACCUUCGCCCUUUCGCUUACACUGCGCCAUACAAGACUGCACGAGCGAAAGCGACGAAGGUACCGAGUAGAUGAGGACAGACGAAUGCUAAUUGGCAUUGCACAGCCAAUAACACAUUGUUGUCAUCCAAAUCGAAAAGACUCCCAUCGCUUUCAUCGUGCACUUUGUCCGCAACACGACCCCUCCUUUCUAUUCUUCCCUCGCCAGCCCUCUGGCAUGUACAUGUAACUGAACUUAACAGUGAAUAGUGCUUGAUCGAUAUCGCAUGUUCUGUUCCCACGACGUUAACGACUCGGCCCGAUCGAUACCACCGACCACAACACCGGGAAGCGUAUGUGGAGACUCUGUCUGAGCGUUUAGGAGUUCAUUUGGUUGCUGGAUUUUGGGCUUGAAUAGUAGCAUCACAAAGAUAAAAGAAUCAAUAAUGAUAUUAUG